CGUUACGCUGAGACCGCGAAGCGCUUGCAGACCAUGGCGGUGAUCUUGGGUUAUUGGGACACCCGCGGGCUGGCUCUUUCGAUCCGCCUGCUCUUGGAGUACACAGACUCACCCUAUGAGGAGAAGAAGUACACCAUGGGGGACGCUCCGGACUAUGACAGAAGCCAGUGGCUGAAUGAAAAAUUCACGCUGGGCCUGGACUUCCCCAAUCUGCCCUACUUAAUUGAUGGGGCUCACAAGAUCACCCAGAGCAACGCCAUCCUUCGCUACAUUGCCCGCAAACACAACCUAUGUGGGGAGACAGAAGAGGAGAAGAUUCGUGUGGACAUUUUGGAGAACCAAGCUAUGGACACCUCCAAUGAGCUGGCCAGGGUCUGCUAUAGCCCUGACUUUGAGAAACUGAAGCCUGGGUACCUGGAGGGCCUCCCUGACAAGAUGAAGCUCUACUCACAGUUUCUGGGGACGAGGCCUUGGUUUGCUGGGGAGAAGCUCACUUAUGUGGAUUUCCUGGCUUAUGACAUCCUUGACCUGCACUGCAUAUUUGAGCCGAAGUCUCUGGAAGCAUUCCCGAACCUGAAGGAGUUCAUGGCCCGAGUUGAGGUGAUUCCCUGAGCCUCCUCACUGAUGAUAGGGCCUGAAGAAGAUCUCUGCCUACAUGAAGUCCAGCCGCUUCCUCCCACACCCAAUAUACUCAAAGCUUGCCGUGUGGGGCAGCAAGUAGGACUGGGUGAGGGUAGAUGCUGGCAAGAAGCAGUGCUAUGUUUUGGGGCCAGGGCCCCAGAGCACAGCUGGACCGCCCUGAAUCCCUGGAACCAGCGGUCUUGCUUCUCUCCCUCCUGUUCUUUCUGGUAACUUGCAUUCAGCCUUAUUGAGCCCCUUUACCUUCCCCAAUGCAAAUUUGUCCAGGACCGUUAAAGGUGAACAGCACCCCACUUUUCUUCACUCCAGUGCCCGCAGACAUGAUCCUUCCUGCACACUUUUCUUCCCUGAGUGCUGGUUCUGUGUGUGGAGUCCGAUGGCAUCCCUGGCCCUUGGGCUCUGCCUGAGUUCCCCCAGGCGCUGCCUGAGGACUGGGGUGCAGGCCUGGCUCCCCCAGCGGGGUCUCUUCAUGGCCCUGCCUGAUCCCCAGUAAAGCCUUCAUCCCAACUGCUCUGUCCUGUCUUCUCCCCUCCGGGCACCGGGACUGUCUCCAGACCCUGCCACAGCCCGGGCUGCCUGGUGACCCUGGCCGUGGCUGCCCUGUGGGGGCCCGUGAGGGCAGUGGCUGUUUGGAGACCUCCUCUCCCUCUUUCUGACACCUUCAGAGCAGGAAUCCUGUGGCUUGCUCUGAAUUUUUACAUUUCUUCACACUACUCUGAUGCUCUAGAAGGUGAUGUUUUCCUCUGUUUUGUUGCUGGGACUCGGGGAGAGCCCGGAGCAGACACUAGAAGGAAAAGGUAAGAAGAGUAUUAUACUUCGGUCAGGGAUGUUUUACUGGUCUGCAGAGAGGGUCUCUGAUUUGCCGUGCCCCCGGAAGGCAAGUGGAUCUUUCUCCCAAUACCGCAGGCCCCUGGGGCUCCCCAGGGUCAGAGUAGGCUGGCUUUGCAGGUUCCUAAAUAUCCCUUUUGAGGACUUCCCCUGUUAUGUUUGCUAAUCAUGUAUUGGCCAUGCAGGUUUCUGCCUGAUGAACCACUGUGAGUGUCCCUGUGGAAAACUCUGUGGGACCAGUAUCCACCCACGGCUGAUACAAUUUCUGGGUCACGGUGAAAAUUGAGGUGGUGGCCGAGAGCACCUUUUUUUUAAUGCACACAAUUACUUAAUGGUGGCCCAGCUGGUUAUCGGCUUCCUACCAUGUAACCAAAAAAAUACACUAUACCAUCACAAUUCUCAAUGAAGAUGUUGGCAAUACCUAAGGAAUACAAAAAGCGAAAGCCUAGCAUGUUAGGAGGGCCCGUGCUGUGUUCCAGGGGACAGGCUGAGAGGAGGGCUGGAGGGAAGAGACCACCUUUCUCAUUGGUACAGCUCCUUGACCAUUGUCACCAUAUUAUGGCUUUAAGGGGCCUUCGUCUGCCUGUAUAUUUUGCCAAUCUGAGGUCUAUGAGUGUUCCUGGGAGGCCAGUAUGGCAGGGAAACUGGGGGAACAGAUCUGUUUGCACAAGGACUCCUUCCUGGAUGUCCAUGUCUAAGGCAGUCCAUGGCGUGCUUCUAGACUCCACAUUUGGCCAUGCCAUCAGGCUGUGAGAACCAGAGUCGAUCCCAGUGUAAACAUUGAGAGCUGGCCGUUAAUUGUAGGAACUGUGCCUACAACCUUCUCAGUCAUGGUAGACGCAUUUGAAAAAUAAAUUCAGUUCUUCGUGUCCCAGCUUGCCCCCAAGGCUCCAGAAGAAUUACUAUCCUGGCCCAGGACUCAGGGCUGCCUGACCCUGAACAAUGGGCGGAGAGCUUGGAGGGGCUUGCUCUCUGACAGCUGGAGUUACGCCCUGCAGACCCCGGACCCAGGCUGCCCAGUGCAGUCCCUGUCUUCCUGUCUGUCACCUGUCAUCCUUCUGACCCUGAUCUGCAACCUGGGGCCUGCCGUGCCUGCCCCCAGGGUAAGGCUGUCCUCUUGGAGACAGCCCUCUCCGCCAGCUGGUCUCCUUUCGGUUGCUGGCGUUGCUGGGACUGUUUGUCCAAUUGUGGCUUUCAACCCAGGAUCAAGCUAGGGUUUCUUCCCCUCAGCACUUCUAACAUGUUGAGUGCAGAAUUCUUCUUCAAUGUCAUUGUGCUGUGCAUAGCCUGGAGUUUGCCAGUGUUCCCAACCCAUACCCCGCUAAAUGGCAGCAGCCUGCCCUGGUUGUGACAGUCAGCUCUGUCUACAGACAUUACCAAAUGUCCCCCAAGGGGUGAAAUCACCUUUGGUUGAACACAAGUCAUUAGGGGAUGGAGACUGUCACUAAAAAAAAAAAAAAAAAAAAAAUCUUAAGACAUCAGACUGCUACAAGUAGUUAGGAUAGGUCUUCCUUGAUGAAAUUUCGAUUUUGGCAAAGAAUAUAUGUAGGUCCAGGAGUGUCUGGGUGGCCCAGCUGGUUAAGCAUCUGUCUGCCUUCAGCUCAGGUCAUGAUCUCUGGAUCCUGGGAUUGAGCCCCACCUCUUGGGCUCCUGGUUCAGCGGGGUGCCUGCUCCUCCUCCUUCUCCCUCUUCCUCUCCCCCUGCUCAUGCUCUCUCUCUCUCUGUACUGUCUAAAAUGAAUGACUAAAAUCUUAAAAAAAAAAAAAAAGAAUAUAUAUAGGUCUAUAUGUCCUGGAUAAUGCUGUCAAUGUGUUGUUUCUUAAGUAUGGAUACAUCAGACUUCUAGAAAAGGAGAAUAGUGCAAAAGAGUCUUGUGUACCCCAGAGGUUAACUUUUCCGCAUUUGCUCUCUCGUCCCUCUGCCCUUACUUCCCUCUCCUCCCUCCUCUGUCCUUUUCUCAGUCAGUUCUGCAGGAGCACAAAGGCAUUUGUACUAAAAACUUCAUAUUCUGUUCUCCAAGCCGUGGUCCCUAGUAGUAGAAUUUAGGCGCCAAGUGACUGUGAGGCACAGUCCGCCCCACCUGUGUCCUUUCCAAGUUAAAGUUCUCAUGCCAUACCUGAGUGCGGCUUAUGACAAGCUCUGGAACCCAUGUCCUUUGUGAAAGCUUGAAAAGUUCCUCAGAAAAUCCCUGACAACCAAGAGUCCUCUGGGUUAUUAUUAUUAUUAUUAUUAUUAUU